AUGCAUUUAUUCCUUUUAUUCGGUUGUUUCGGUUGGUUAAUACCUUUAAUGCCAAAUACUGGAGAGUAUGUUGCUUGUCGAGAAGAUGGUAGUCUACGUGUUGGGGAACCACAAAUAAGUUCUGGAAAAUCACUUCUAUGCAUCAUAAACUUCAUUCUAUUGUAUUUCUCAUCUAUGGUUGCUGCUAUCUGGUCAAAUAUAUUUGACUAUGCUUUAUUGUAUCAAAUGAAAAAAAUUACUUAUAGUCUAGACAAUCGAUUUCAUCAUCCUUAUACUACCGAUCAUCAUCAUCAUCAUCAUCGUCGUCGUCGUCGUCCACAUCGUCAAGAUCAUCAUCGUCAAAUAGAUAUGGAAAUGAAGCAUUUUCAAUCAUGUUUAACAAAAUUUAGUGAAACUUUAUCAAAAAAGUAUAAUAAACCAAUAUCAUCAUUACCACGACGACGACGACGACGCCGACGGCGACAUCAACAACAACGACGUCGACCACCACCACCACAACAACAACAAGACUAUUCUUUACAUAAGCGUAUUUCUGAUGAACCAUUAUCAGAGUUGACUAAUUCAGUCAAUUUAACCAAUGAAAAAUCUUCUGAAUUCGAAUUAGUGAAUGAAGAUCAAACCAUCAUUUAUACUCCUGUUAACAAUGAGAAUAAUGAGACAAUUACUGAGUUACUAAAUACACCGAUUACAAAAGAUAAUGAUAUAACACAUAAUAAAAUGUAUAAAUUGAAAAGGCUUCAUUCAUCUUGUUCUUUAUCAUUGUCAUCUCCAUCUAGAUCAUCUGAAUCACCUUCAUCAUUGACUACUUCUUCAUCUUCAUCUUCAUCAUCGUCAUCAUCAUCAUUAUUAUUAUCUAAUCAAAAUAAUAUAAAUAAUGAAAAAAUAGAAGAACAUUUAUUAUGCUUAUCAUCACAUAACAAUAAUGAAUCGAUUAAUGAUGAUACAAGCAACAUUCGAAAAGUACAUUCUACACCUAGUAAAACUCAUAGUGGUAUAGUAUGCUUAGAAUCAGUUAUUCAACAGUCUCCAAUAAUGCAGAAUAUAUCCUUGAAUCUAAAGUCUGUUGGUCAUGACUAUCGACUGUAUAAAUGUGGUUCAUUCACUGGUAUUCCUUUGAAUUCACUAGUUGACCUUCUACUCUAUGAUUGUUUAGAUCCUUGUGUUUAUUCUUCAUCAUGUUUUCCUAUCACUAAACCAUUAAUCUCACAAAUACUAUGGAUCCAGUUAUUUACAAGUGAUAAAUACUUAUUUAUUCAUAAUUUCGAUACAAUUGACAAUAGUAUCGGUGAUCUUAGCACUGGUAAACAUUCUACCCAACAUAAUGAUCAUCAUCAUCAUCAUUGUACAAAUACAGUAGGCAAUAUCCCAAUAAAAAAAUCAACAACUUAUUCACAUAUCAGAUCACUUAUGCUUAAACAAGGCGUCAUCAUUUCAUCACCAUUAAAUCAGUCAAUAAAUACUCAAUCACAAACAACUUGUUUACAUCUUCUAGCAUUAGCUAUUCCUUUAGUGUUUACUUUGAUCAGUUUAACAGCAGCAGAAAUUGAUGGGAAUUCAUUAACUGGUAUCUGUACAGUUGGCCUAGUCAAUAUAUGGGCACGUGUUGGCCUAUUGUUUUUUCCGUUCACUUUAUGCUUAAUAAUUAAAUUCUUUUAUUUUAUACAAAUAAUACAUCAAUUUGUACGAUUACGUCAUAAAUUUCUAGUAUCAUCAUUUCGUGUAGAUCAUGAAAUAGCUCAACGCUUAGUACGUCAUGCUUUAUUUUACGGUCUAUUUUUGAUCUUUCUGCUUAGUCUUUGGUUAUUUUCAAUAUGUAUUCACGCCUAUGUCUACAUGAAUGAACCUGUUUGGUUGGAAUCACAAAGACUUUUAUUCUUAUGUCGGAUACGUUAUCGUUUUAUGGGAUUUGAUGAAUCUGCAGCAAUGAAUCUUUGCGUUAAUACUGCCCCAUCAGCUCAGUGA